AUUACCUCGUCCACCCUUUAUAUGCCAAUAGCAACUCCUCCUACUCCAGCUCCUUCGCCGCGUCCAUUUUCCACAUACGACUCCUUCUCUCAGAAUGCUGCUACAGCGUCCUACGAACCUGCUCACCUUUCUCGAAUCGAGUUCGCCAACCUGGCCUCGUCUGGUCCCGCCGCUCGCCGACGCUAUCUCGUUUCACUCUUAAACGACUGCACCACCUCCGAAUUGCUAUACAUCUCAAGCUAUAUUAUCCCUAUGCUCAAACGGGAUUUCCUGAGGGAACUACCACCCGAAAUUGCUUUCCACAUACUGAACUUCGUUGAUGAUCCUCGAACACUCUCCAGAGCCAGCCAGGUGUGCAGACGCUGGAACACCUUGAUAUCAGACGAUUGGCUAUGGAAGAAGAUGUGUGAAUCCCAUCAAUUCAACCUGGAUUCAACUUCAAGGAAGAAUAUCCGCCGACGAGAUUACGGACAAGACUCUGACCACGAUGGGCUAGCUCAUACUAAGUUCUCCUAUCGUAAACAUUUUCAGAGUGCCUAUGCUACCACGUCAAACUGGCGCCGAGGAGGCCGCAUAUUGCGCGCACAUCGAGUACCUAUCGUCACUCCCAGCAAUGGCGUGAUAACUUCUGCUGCAAUGGACGCGGACUGGGUCGUAGUGGCCCUCACCAGCAAUCACAUACACAUCUUCAAUGCCACAACAGGCGUCUUGAACCGUACACUUACUGGCCAUGAACAAGGCGUGUGGGCUGUCCAUUUACUUAGUGACGUCUGUUCUGCUUCGGAAGGGUGGGGUCAACCCAAUUCCCUCCUAGUUAGCGGAGGUUGUGACAAAGUUUUAAGGGUAUGGGACGUGAAAUCGGGACAUUGCAUUUACGUGCUGCGAGGGCAUACAUCAACUAUCCGGUGCAUCAAAGUGUUGCAUAAUCGUCCAAUAGCUGUCACAGGUUCUCGGGAUUGGACGUUGAGAGUGUGGGAUAUACAGCGCGGUCGAAUGUUAAGAUUAUUACAAGGGCAUCAGCAGAGUGUGCGAUGCUUAGACGUAUGUGGUAAUAGAGUUGUUAGUGGUAGCUAUGAUACCACCUGCCGUAUCUGGAACGUUGAUACCGGAGAAUGCUUACACGUGUUAGAGGGACACAUGCACCAGCUGUACUCAGUUGCUUUCGAUGGCGUGCGGGUUGCUUCUGGAGGCUUGGAUACCACAGUACGCGUAUGGGACGCUGAUACUGGGGAAUGCAUCGCUCUUCUACAAGGACACACCGCUCUUGUAUGUCAGCUCCAGCUUUUCUCCGACAUGCUCGCCACAGGCGGAUCGGACGGUCGCGUGAUCACGUUUUCACUCUCGACGUUCACCACGCUACAGCGCAUCGCUGCGCACGAUUCGUCCGUGACGUCCCUCCAAUUUGACCAGCACUUCCUUGUGACUGGCGGAAACGAUGGUCGCGUGAGACUAUUUGAGACGCUCACUGGAAACUAUAUCCGAGAUCUAACUGAGCGGUGUGAAAGUGUGUGGAAGGUUGUACAUAAGAAUGGGAUUUGUGCUAUUAUGUGUAAACGGGCUGGUAAGACUGUGAUGGAGAUCUGGAGCUUCAACCCGAGGGAAUAGCAGAGUCAAAGUUAUCUAUGGGGUGUCUUUCUAGCUUUCUUUCUUUCUUUCGUAUUGGAUAGGAUAAUGUAUCACGAGUAUAGCACAUUGUUGUAGUACGUUUACCUGACUAGUGUAGACUAUCUUCUGGGUAAUGAUUGUCACCCUGCUUUUAGUGGCAGUUAUAAAGAACGCCAUGGACAAUCGAUUUUUUCGACAUAGAGUCGUAUAACGAUAAUUUUUUCUUUUGCUC